CAAAAUUAAGAAAAAUCAAAUCAAAGUCAAAAGUGAAAAUUACAAGAAAUGAUUGCUGUUUUUUGAAGUUUUAAAAUGUGAUGAAUAUUUCCUUAAUAAAACAAGAAUGCCGAUACAGGCGCCCCAAUGGACAGAAUUUUUAUCCUGUCCCGUUUGCUGCCAUGAAUUUGCAGCAAUUCAACGUCCUCCAAUUAGUUUAGGUUGCGGCCAUACAAUUUGUCGUACAUGCUUAGCAACUUUACAUAAUAAGCAAUGUCCAUUUGAUCAGACACCAAUAACAACUGAUUUAGAAAAUUUACCAAUUAAUUAUGCCCUAUUACAACUAGUCAGUACCAGUUCAACUUCAACAAAUACAACAUUAUCCAAUAAUAAUGGUAAUAAUAAUAUUAAUAGCAAUUUACAAUCUUCGCUCACUUCGGGACCUUCCGAAGCCGCUUCUGGAGUUUUAGGAGCGAUAUCUCUCGAUUCAACUAAUGCUACCCCUAGUUUAAUUCAAAAUUUAUCGACAGAAGAAAUACAGUGCUAUAAUCACGGGAAAAAAUGUAUUGAAGAUUUAGCUCUGUAUUUGAAGCCAUUUUCUAACGGUAAUGCUGGGAGUUUAUUAUCGCGUCCAAUGCAAAGAAAGUUAGUUACUUUGGUUAACUGCCAAUUAGUGGAAGAAGAAGGAAGGUCAAGAGCUUUACGAGCUGCACGUUCUUUAGGAGAACGUGUUGUAACUGAACUAAUACUUCAACAUCAAAAUCCACAGCAGUUAAGUUCAAAUUUGUGGGCAGCGGUUAGAGCGAGAGGUUGCCAAUUUCUUGGACCAGCUAUGCAAGAGGAAGUACUUAAAUUAGUUCUUUUGGCUCUCGAAGAUGGUUCAGCUUUAUCAAGAAAAGUCUUAGUAAUGUUUGUAGUUCAAAGACUAGAACCAGUUUUCUCGCAAGCAUCAAAAACAAGUAUUGGACAUGUUGUGCAACUUCUUUAUCGAGCAAGUUGUUUUAAGGUAUCUAAAAGGGAAGGUGACUCUUCACUAAUGCAAUUAAAAGAAGAAUUUCGAACUUAUGAAGCGUUAAGAAGAGAACAUGACGCUCAAAUCGUGCAAAUCGCAACAGAAGCUGGUUUACGUAUUGCCCCAGAUCAGUGGUCUGCUCUUUUAUACGGGGAUACUAUACAUAAAUCUCAUAUGCAAAGUAUUAUGGACAAAUUGCAGACACCACAAUCGUUUGCUCAGUCUGUACAAGAACUAGUUAUUGCCUUACAGAGAACUGGGGAUCCCGCUAAUUUAUCUGGUUUGCGUGUACACUUAAAACACUUAGCUAGUAUUGACCCAAAUAUGGAAAAUAGUAUUCCUACAUGGCAAGAGGUUUCCAAAGCGUUAGAUGCAGUUAAGGAAGUUGUUAUAGGUUUGGUCGAAUUUGUUCAGCAUCACGGAAAUCGUAAAUUACAGGAGUCCUCUCAAGCAAAUCCGAAUGCCAAAUACAAAAUUAGUCUUUGUCGUGACUUGACAUUACGACGCAUAUGUCCGCGUGGAACCAGUUGUACAUUUGCACAUUCAGAAGAAGAAUUAGAAAAAUAUCGUGCAAAAAAUCGAAAGAAUAGUACUAAAACACCAAUAAUAAAUUCAAAAGAGCUUGGAAUAUUGGAUUAUUUAGAAGCUUCACAUCAUACUCAAUCAAUUGGGCUGUCCUCUUCUGAAGAAACUUCACCACUUAGGUUUGGAGGAAUUGUUGGAAAAACUGGUUUGCCAAACAUUGCUCCAUCCCAUCACCAUUCCUCUCAGAAUCUCCUACAUCCAAAUAGCUAUAUGGAUUUGGUUUCGAAUCCGCAUCAUAAUCAGCAACAUCAAAUGCAUCAUCAAGCACAGCAAAGUGGUUCUCAUCAACAUCAUCAUCAUCAUCAUAGUCAACACCAUCAUCAUCCGAAUCAGCAUCAUAAUCCUAGUCCAAUACCAACAGGUAUGCUUGCGAAUGUACAUCCACAACUGCAUCAACCACCUCCAAGACAUCAAUAUGAUCAAAGCCAUUUUAAUGUCAAUUUCGGAAACUCAUCAAGAUCUGCCAGUGGAGGCGGAAUGAUUCCUCAAUUACGAUCACCAAGACCAAUUCAUCAACGUGGGAAUGCCUCUGGAACUAACAAUUUUAAUGCUCCCACGUUAACACCAUCAAAUAGUGGAUCAAAACAUUCAAAUUCUUCACAACAAAUUUUUACAUCGCCACUUAAUAAUAUAGGUAAUAAUUUCGGUCCAUCGGAGUUGUUUGGAAAUAACUCACCUGCUGGAAUUACUGGCGGAUCAGUUAUGCCAACGCAGUUACCACCACCAACUCAGUUGUCUCAAAACACUCAGUUACCAACUGGACCUCCACCUAAUUUACAACAACAACCACAACAAAUUAUACCACCGACAAAUCAACAAAAUUUUUUCCCUAAUAGUUCAAGUAUAAAUAAUUUCCAACAUCAGCAAUCAGAUUAUCAAAAACUUCCCGAAAUCAUUAGACAGUCAACACUUUGGGAACAACAAGGUAGAGCAAUGCAACAACCACCUCAAGCACAAAAUGCCACUUCGCUAUCGUCUAUUAACAUGAAUCUUAAAAAUCCGCCCAUUAUGAACUCUAAUUAUUUAAAUUCACCAAAUGGUAACAAUAGCACAUUUAGUAAUGUUAAUAACUUAAACAAUAACUUAAACAUUGUAAAUAAUAACAGUGGUGGUGCUGGAAACAAUACAUUAAUGAUUAACAAUCAAAUAAAUGAAAUAUUUAAAGAUUUAGACUUUAAUACAAUGAACAACAGAAUUGUACCAAGAAUGAAUGGCAAUAAUUAUACAAAACAAAUGUUAGCUGCGGCAGCAUCGUUCAAUAAUAAUCCAAAUCUUAAUUUGCCCGGUGGCAUGAGUAAAGAAGAUAUUAUAUCCAGUUGGGUUUUAUUGUCUGGGGCUGGUAGCGCAUUGCAAAACUCUGGUGUUUCGUCUAGUUAUCCACAAGAAAAUACACCAACAAACAUUAUAAAUCAAAAUGCUUUGGGUAGUAAUAUUGGAUCUUCUGGUCCAGCUGGAUUUAUUCGAUCUGAUUCAAUAUUAGAUGAUGAGUACAAUAUACCAUUUGAUGUGGAUACAUCUAAUGCAGUCAGUAAUAAAUUUGGGCCAAUAUCAAGAAUGUCUAAAUCUUUUGAUAAUCAAUCGUGUUCAAAUCGAUUUUUAGACAAUGUCGAUUCAGAUAACAAUAUUGAAAAUUGGAUAUUUGGAAAUGAUUUCAUAAAAGAUUAUAGCAUUACAAAUGAACUUUUACCAUUUAUUAAAAAACAAGCUGGUCUAACUGAUAUUAACGAUACAGAACCCAAAUACAAAGACUUUAAAAUUUCACCACACAUGAGAAACUAUGCAAUUCAGCCUUCACAACAACAUCAAGAUUUUGAUUUUGAUCUGGUUGACUUACAUUUACCCAACACUUCACAAACACCGGCACACCAAAAACUUGACAAGAUUGAAACGUUUACGUCAUCUUUAUGGAAUAGUUCUCCUAUUGCAUCAAAGCAAACAAAUAUUGAUACAAAAAAUUCUCCAUCAAGAUUAUCACAACAACACCAGACACAUCAACAACACCAAAAUAAUAGUUUUUGGUCAACAGAAUCGUCAUCAACAAAAGAAAAAGCGCCAACAAAAUUAAAAGUUCCUGAAGAUACUUAUGAAGCAGGUAUAGCGAAUGAUAUGCGUGAAUUAGAAAUGCGUCUGAAAACGGAACUGGAAUUAGAGGAUAGUGGAAUAGGACAUACUUAAGGGAUCGGAUCUCCAAAACAGAUUGCCAAGAAUCUUCAUCAUUGUGGGAUCAAAAUUCUUUUAUUGUGUCUUAUAAAUUUUUCACUAUCUGGUAAUUCAUGCAGCUUGUUUAACUUUUACCUCGGAGAAUUUUGGAAUUUAAUCGAGAAGAGCAUUCGAAUCUGUUAAAUCUGGCAAAUGAAACAAAUGUAACUUAGAUGAUUACUUUAUUUUUAAAAGUAUUUUAUUAUUUGUUUUCGUAGUAUCUUCCAUUGUUAUUGUAUAAGGUUGUAUGUAUUGUUGGACAUAGCUUUAAUUUCUAAAAUUAUAAAAGAAGUCAUUUUUACAAUCUGAAUUUAUCAUUUCAAAAUUUAAUACAUAUUAAAUAAAGUAAAAAAGGAACGUUGGUUUCGAAUGUUUAAAAAAAAAAAAUUGGUACUAAAUCUUUGAAGGGUGUGAAUCAACACAAAAAAAUUCGCCAGUUUAAUGAAAUACAAUUAAAAUUGAAACAAUUUUUAUAAUUACUUAUAUUGGAAACCAAUUUUUUACAUAAUCAAUUUUAAAUGAUUACAAAACAUUACAAAAAAAAAAAUCUUUUAAUAGUGUUUAGGUAUUUAGUACUUUUUAAAAAUUAUAAUAAAAUUCGAUGUUAAUUUAUUAACUUUUUAUAUAGUUAUGAGUCGAAAAAUUUUAAGAGUUGUAUUGAACCACUUAACCUUGUUUUAAAUUUUGUUUUAAGUAAAAUGAUAACAUACAAAAAAAAAAAAGUAAAUUAUUUUUUAAUUUCAAUAUUAACUGAAAGUAAUAGCGAAUUGCACCCAUAUAAAAAUUAAUUUUGAAAUUUUAAAAGUUUUAUUAAAAUUAAAUUUUGAAAAUAACAAAAAGUAUGGAUUGUUUUUUUUUUUUUUUAAUGAGAAUCUCUUCAGAACUUUCAGAGAAAAUAUUAUGCACAUAAAAAUUUUUUCAAUAAAUUUCAAAGAAUAUUCUAAAUGUAUUAAUAAUAUUUAAAAAAUAAUUUAUAAAAUAUAUAAUGUUUAAAUAAGUUUUUUGAUAUUUUUGCGACAUUUUUUUAA